AUGCCCAUGGUUGCCGACGACUCACGUCCGCUGUCAAUCUCCUUCGAUGAGCGAAUCCUCUCCGACUGUCUUCACUACCGAGACUCACGACCAAGUGACCACCGCUUUGCAAUUGAAGAGGAGGACGAAAGCACCGGCACCGCAAGUGAGCCCGCCGAACCCCUCACCCCGACCAGCCAUACAAGUGAGGGCACGCCCUACCCGCACCCGUUCCGUGACGAUGAAUCGGUAGACGACGUUUUCGCGACGCCUCGCCCUGCGCCGGGAGACGCGCGGAACAAGACCCCGCCGCAACAAGCGACCCAAACUUCACAACCCCAACCAAUCGUCUCCACAUCGCAACCCGUUGACCGCCAAUCACCGCCCGAAAGGCGCCGUCUCGGCCAGCGUGUUGGUAAGCUGUUCCGUGGAAAGUUACACCGGGGCCACUCCAGCAAGGAUGGCGCCCAGUCGGAGAAUUCAAGUGCUUCGACCAGCAGAUUCCCAAAGCCCACUGCCGAGACUGAUACCUAUAUCGUCAAGACUGGUGUAGACGGCCCGGCUGAAGUAUCAACUCCGGCAGUCGACAUUCCUAGGCAGAGUAAGAGGCUUUCCUUUUCUCUUACCCGACGUUCAGACAGAUCAUCUCACGGCCACUCUCCUCCGUCUGGCUCACCUAUGAGCACCAUGUCGACGGAUAAGCGGCCCAUGUUUGGGAAGAAACCUGCGUCCUACACAAGCAUGAAUAGACCCCGCCCGGGCGUCACCUGGGCUGGAAACGGAAGCGACAACACGUCCAAAAGGUCUGGCUUCUCCCGUAGACGCUCGGCAAGCACAGAGCAGGUCCCGCGUAUCGACGAGCACGGACAAAAGCCGACUGCUGGCAUGUUGGCUACCUUUUCCAAACCCGCUGUGCAAGGCGUCGGCAUGAAAGCACGACGACUCAGCGUUAAUCUUCCAGACGACUUUAUAAUAGACUGGUGCGAGCUCGACAAGGAAUUCAAGAGUUCGAGCCUGAUGCCGGGAAAAAGAGGUCGCAUUCUCGGCAAGGGCGCAACGUCCGAAGUGCGAAUCAUGGCACGAAGAGGAGGCAUCACAAGAGAAGAAGACUUGGUGGCAGUAAAAGAGUUUCGGGAACGUGACAAGGAGGAGACGGAAGAAGACUAUGUUCUCAAAAUCAAGUCGGAAUACAGCAUUGCAAAGAGUCUGCAUCAUCCUAAUAUUGUCGAAACAGUACGCCUAUGUACGAACCGCGGCCGCUGGAACCACGUCAUGGAAUUUUGUACAUAUGGAGAGAUAUACUCGCUGGUCGAACGUAAGUUGUUUGCCGGCGGUGUUGAAGGUUUCUACAGUCGGGACGACCGGUUAUGUUUUUUCAAGCAAUUACUACGCGGUGUCGACUACCUACACAGUCACGGCAUCGCCCACCGCGACAUCAAACUAGAAAACCUCCUCCUCAGCAAGGAAGGCCACCUCAAGAUAUCCGACUUCGGCGUCGCAGAAGUCUUUAGCGGCGAACACCCCGGCCUCCGCGCCUCUGGCGGCGAGUGCGGAAUAAACAUGGGCGACAUCCGUCUCUCGGCCCCAGGAAUCUGCGGCAGCCUCCCCUACAUCGCGCCCGAAGUCCUCGCUAAAGACCACAGCUACGACCCGCGGCCCCUGGACAUCUGGUCGACCGCCAUCGUCUACCUCACCAUGACAUUCGGCGGCUGUCCCUGGCAAGCGGCAAAAACCGAAUUCGAAUACUACGCCCGUUUCAGCAAAGGCUGGACCACCUGGCUCGCCGCCCACCCGGACGGCGUCAUCUUCGACGGGCCCGACGGCCACCCCAAAUGUGGGAAACUCUUCUCUCUCAUCGAACCCCCCUCUAUCAAACGCCUCAUGCUGAAAAUGCUACACCCUGUUCCUGAUAAACGCAUUACUAUUCGCGAGGUGCUCAAGACGUCGUGUAUUCGCAAUAUCGCGUGUUGCUGUCCGGAGAGUUAUGAGGAGCCGAAGAUUACCUUCGAUGCUACCGGAGAAUAA